CUGACCACAACAGUUUGUGUCCUUAGAUAUGAAACAAUUUCGUUUUGAUUUUAUUCUAGAAAAAUGGAGUUCCAUGGAAUGCUGUGCUGUGAUUUUCUUCUUGUAUUUGGACUAGUCGUAUUGCCAUUGGUGUCUUCUAGUAAUACCACGGGACCACCGACUGUGACAGCUACAAAUACUAAUCAUUUUUCAACAAUUGGUGUGGAUGUUGACUUACCAUGUGAUGCGCACGCAUCUCCAGCCAUUGAGUCUGUCACGUGGUAUCUUUAUGUUGGUGAGGUAUCUACCACAGUGGUGCAGAUUGAUGAUGUUUCGUAUUCCGGAGGUACCGUAACCUAUCCGGCCCUCACAGUCAUCAAUCCGGCCCUUAAUGACAGCGGCAGGUACUAUUGUGAGGUCGAAAACAUCCACGGUGUUGCUCUCGGUCAAGUGCUAACACUACUGGUGACUGAAACAACAGGUCUUCCAAUAGUAACGAUGUCGAAAGAAUCUUACACUGUGGGUGCUGACUCUAACGUGAUCCUUGGCUGUACCGUAGUGUCAAACCCGAUAUUGUAUGCCAUUCAAUGGCGCUUGAACGGAAGUCAAAUCUUUAUAGAUGAUAUCAAAUACUUUGGCGGAACAAACACGGACCCAAACUUAUCUAUCAUCUCUAUAGGCUAUAACGAGGGUGGUUAUUAUACCUGCGAGGGAACAAACAGCUUCGGAUCCGUGCUGAACGGAACCACGGUGACGGUAACAUCAGGUCUUCCGAACGUAACAGUGUCACAGACAUUAUAUUCUCCCACGGAAGGGGGGAGUGUAACAUUACUCUGUAAUAUAGUAGCCAGCCCUUCUGUUUCUACUGUCAGUUGGUCCCAAGAUGGCGUUAGUGUAACUAUAGAUGGCGUCAUUGUCACAGGUUCAACCCCGUCUCAACCGUCUUUAACAUUACACAACAUCUCUUACUGGCAAAGUGGCGUAUACGAAUGCACAGGAACGAACGCUUUAGGAUCCAGUACAAAAAAUCUGACCGUGAACGUAUUACCAGAAACAACAACAGUAGCCGAAACAACAGUAGCCGAAACAACAGUGGCCGAAACAACACUAGCUGAGACAACAGUAGCCGAAACAACAGUGGCCGAAACAACAGUAGCUGAGACAACAGUAGCCGAAACAACAGUAGCCGAAACAACAGUGGCCGAAACAACCGUAGCUGAGACAACAGUGGCCGAAACAACACUAGCUGAGACAACAGUAGCCGAAACAACAGUGGCCGAAACAACACUAGCUGAGACAACAGUAGCCGAAACAACAGUAGCUGAGACAACAGUAGCCGAAACAACAGUAGCCGAAACAACAGUAGCCGAAACAACGGUAGCUGAGACAACAGUAGCCGAAACAACAGUAGCUGAGACAACAGUAGCCGAAACAACAGUAGCCGAAACAACAGUGGCCGAAACAACCGUAGCUGAAACAACAGUGCCCGAAACUACGACAUCUAGCGUUAUUGAAACAACAACACCACCGCCGACAACAACAACGACCCCGCCCGUAACAACGACAACACCGCCGACAACAACAACACUGCCGAUACCUCCGACGACAACGACACCGCCGACGACAACAACACCGCCGACAACAACAACACCGCCGACAACAACAACACUGCCGAUACCGCCGACGACAACGACACCGCCGACGACAACAACACCGACGACAACAACAACACCGCCGACAACAACAACACUGCCGAUACCGCCGACGACAACGACACCGCCGACGACAACAACACCGCCGACGACAACAACACCGCCGACAACAACAACACUGCCGAUACCGCCGACGACAACGACAACACCGCCGACAACAACAACACCGCCGACACCGCCGACAACAACACCACCGUCGACAACAACGACAAAGGUUGUUAUACCGCCGAAUUCCAACGUUGAUCAGAGACUAGUUGACUUAAACAGCCAAGCCAAUGAAAGUACUUCUGUAAGUGAUGUUACCACUUCUAUAUCGUCAACGUUAAACGUACUAAACACCCUGGCUCGAGACAAAGAUAUAUCCAAACAAUUGGAAUAUGUUGCCAGUAUAAUGGAAAGCAAUGUCAGAGUCACGACUUCUCUAAAUGGUUCGUCGGAACAAAAUAAGCAAGUUACAGAAGAAUUACUAAAACUGACAGAUAGAGUGUCAUCUUUGUCACACACCUGUACUGGAACUUGUCCGAAUGUGUCUGAGAGUUUCACGAAGGUCGAGACAACCACACUGACUAUGAUCAAGAGGGUGUUGGACGACGAUGAGUACUUCAAUCAGUCGCAGUCCAACGUAUACGCGAAUGGUAAAAAUGAAAAAGGUGAUGAGCUUCCGCCGACCUUAUCAACUGACUUUGGUGAUGUUACUCUACCCGUUUGGGGAACACUUCAGAAGACACUGGCAGAGGAAAAGGUCAAAUUGGUUAUGCUGACGUACAAAGAUAAUCCCUAUCAGACCGGAACUUCCGACGUAUCUAUAAACACAGGUGUUUUGACCAUUGGUAUGUACCAUGACGAUAGAAUUGUCGCUUACGUAGACAAAGAGGACCCCAUUACCUUGAGCAUCGCCGAGGAAGCAGGUAAUUCAGAGAUACCGGCUGGAGAGUGGGAGAACGUUCUGGAACUCGAGUCUGAAAAGGGGUCAUAUUUGACUGUGGUGAGCUUCACACCAGAGAAAAAUGCAGCUAUCGUUCUUCUGCGACUUCCAGGGACAGGGCCGUGUGUAAUAUAUGGACUGGAACGCGGACAGAAACCGUCUGCCACCCAAUUUGACUUCUAUGUUAAAACCAUCGGCCAAAACCGAGUGACCAAGUACAGACCGUAUGGUUUAAAACAUACUUACCGAGAGGGUGUCCUGACCCUCUCUGUUGAGGGCACAGUCGACACCAGUCCUCUUGUUCUUCUUACGCAGUGUCAAAUUCCUGACACAACGGUUGCUAAAAGAGACACAUCCCAGACACUGACACAGAGGGUGGUAGGUGUAGAUCUUCGUUAUUUCGAUACGGUGUCACAGACCUGGAGGAAGAAUCCCAACCUCAAGAUAACGGCGGGAAGCACAGGACGAGUAAAUUUCCAGUCAAACUUUUUUGGUUCCUUCUCUGCUAGUACUUUAUUGAUUCCACCAAGUCCUAUCCAGUUUGAUGCUAUUUUCCUGAAUUUCGGAGAAAGACUGGCAUCCACACCACAUGUGCUCAUCACAAUCAUAACUGUACUUUUGCUGUUUGUACUGUUAUCCUUGGUGUUAAAACAACUUGAUAGAUCCGACGCCGAACUGUGGGAUUACCUUCCCUUGAUAGACAACAAACCUGGGCACAUCUUUUUGUAUUAUUUUGCCGUUGCGACUGGUCUAAGUUCAUCUAAAUAUCUGACAGCCACGGUAUACAUCAACAUGAUAGGAGAGUUUGGGGAGUCUGGACCGCGUAUUCUGGUAGACGGCCGACGAAAGAAUUUUGGUCGUGGAUCAACUUCACAUUUUGUGAUGGCAACAGAGAACUACCUAGGCCAGAUACAAUCCGUACAAGUCUGGCAUGACAAUAAUGGAUCAUCACCAAGAUGGCUACUCAAUAAAAUUAUUGUUUGUGACGGGAUGGACAACGAGAGGUAUGUUUUUGGAUGUGGUAAAUGGUUGUCUAUGGAUACUGAGGACGCGCUGACAUUCAGGACUUUACACAUGAUUGAUGAGUCAUUGGUCGACAUGGACGCCGUAUUCGUUGAUGUCAGCACGCGCUACAUGUUCGACGAAAACCUAUGGUUCUCUCUCCCAAAGCGUCCGUGUUUCAGCAGAUUUACUCGUGUGCAGAGACUCUGGCUCCUUGCUGCCAUUUUAUUUCUCUCCAUGGUAACAUCCGCCAUGUUUUUUCGGUCGUCAGGGGAUGACAGUCGUUCUGUAACAAUAGGACCAAUUAGAUUAAACUACAAACAGAUAUACGUGGGGUUCCUAUCUUUCAUUAUAACUAUUUUACCUUCUCUGAUAGUUGUGUAUAUAUUCAAAUACAGGAAAUGUAAAAACGAAAUGAGACGAUAUAAUCGGUGCAAGACAGAAAAAGAAAACUGCUUACCAUGGUGGUCCAUUUUUAUUGCUUAUGGUAUAAUUGUCUUAAGUAUUUCAUCUGGAGCCUUCUUCACAAUGCUUUACUCUUUGCAAUGGGGACCGGACACAACUGUGGAUUGGAUUAUGUCAUUUUUUGUUGGUAUUAUACUGAGCAUCUUCAUCAUGGAACCAUGCAAGGCCGCUUGUAUGGCGAUCGUCAUGACAAUGCUUUGCACAGGCGCAGCACAGAGAACUAUGACAGAAAUACCAUCUUCUGACAGUAUGCGGGUCGCCUACGGUGAUUGGUACCUAGAUACGUCUUGUGUUGCUCCUCCGAAGGUCGGGGGUACACAGGCAGCUGACCUACACGAGAGAAGGCGGAGGUGUCGCCUGGAUAAACGCCUCAACAGUGUCCUUCUCAGCUGGCUGUUACAUUUCCUUUAUAUUUUUAUUGUCGCCAUCAUAUGCUCACACAACUACGCGACCAUAGCAUUCCAUCAAAAUGUCGCAUUGGGCAAUAGACUGAAUUCAGACUCAUCUCCGAAAACAGUGCCGGAUGUUUGGAAGUGGCUGGAGAAUUCACUUGUAGACAAGUUAUUUCCUUUCAAAUAUUAUAAUGGCGACGUCAUGACGUCAUAUGUACAACAGUCAGCUGAUCAGUUUUAUCGCCUUGGCUUAGUUCGACUUCGUCAGGCGCGUGUUCAAGGUUCAUGUCACAUUCCUAGCGUCAUGCAACGCUGGUUGGAAAGAUGUCCCCCGGAAAUGACGUCAGAGACGGAGGACCGAGCUACAUACUGUAUAGGCUGGGCGAAAUACGACUCGUCGUGCUUCAAUGAGAUUGACGAAGAUCAAUUCGCUUAUACGUACAAGACUGCGACAGAGACAGAAUCACUUUAUCAUAUGGGAAUGGUGGGCAGCUAUGAUGGCGGAGGUUAUGUCAGAGAUAUUGGUCAUACGCAUGAGCUCGCGCUCAACACAAUAUACCGCCUACGUGAGCAGACCUGGAUUGAUGACAACACGCGUGCACUUUUUGUAGACGCCGUCUUUCUUAAUGGUGACAACAUGCUUUUUAGUCACAUCAAGGUUGUAUUCGAACUCCCAUCUUUUGGAGGUGUUUUCAUGAAGUUCCAUUCAACCACAUCUAAUCUAUAUCCGUAUGUAGGAUCGAUGGAUUAUUUAGUCCUCAUAUUCCAAGUUAUCUUUAUAGUAAUCGUAUGUGUAAGGAUUGUAUUGCUGAUUGUUUCUGUUAUAAAGACGAAAUGUUACUGUCUGACAUCAUUCAGUACUUGGAUUGGAAUCUUGGAGAUAGUGUUAUCAUUGGCGGCUAUAUCUGUGUACAUUCUCAGGAUAGAUCGUACCAUUGAGGCAAUAGAGAGGGUAUUCAAUGAUAUCGGGUUUUUCGUGUCCUUCGAGAUGGUGGAGAUGCUGGAUAUUCUCUAUAGAAUGUUCAUCGGGAGCGUUUGUUUUAUCGCCAUUUUGAAUCUUUUGAAACCUUUAUCGUUUAACUACCAUUUACACCUAAUGAGGACAGCAAUUUCAAUGUUUCGCAUGGAGGUUCUAAAUUUUUCAGUAAUUGCUUUUUUGUUCAUAAUUGCGUUUUCCUGUAUCUUUUACUUGAUUUACGGGUACCAUGAACCGGGAUUCAAGGACUUCAAAACCACAUUCCUCUACCUAUUUCGUAUAAUGAUUGGGAUGAUACAUUUUAAGGAGAUAUUAGUGAACGAAAACAUUGGUGUUACAACAUUGCUUGGAUUAUACAUAACUAUAUCAACUAUCCUUACAAUCAACUUUUUCUUGGCCGGCCUAAAUUUUGUUUUUACGGAGGCUCGAUCAAAAGCAGGUACAAAAGGCAAAUAUCAGUUUGACGAGGAAAUAAAUAAUCACUUCUGGUGGAAAAUGUCCAGCAUGGCUAGUAAGGUACUUGGAAAGAAGGAAUCGGUUCUGAAGAGGAGGAAAUCCUCGUCUAAUGGUAUAGAUGACGGCAAAGUUGAAUCGUUAACGGAAGAGCUGGACUUCAUUUUAUCUUCGAUAACUGAUCGGGUAUUGGUUGGCGAGAACGAGGAGGUCCGAGUAGAAGUGAGGAAAUUAGCACACAUCAAUAGAUGGUAUAACAACCAGCCGGAUAUAGUAGAACUCGAGUGUUUCCGAAAUGAUACUCAGACCAAUACUGAAUUUGUAUAUGAGGACAAAUUCGGCCAACUUGUGUGCAAGUUGUCCUGUUUGUCACUUGAUCAGGGGGACGGAAUUUUCGGGGCCAAUAUGAGCGUGGUGACGUCAAAGUGGACACAUAUCUACCCAUGUGGUCAGGCUUCCCGCCCAUGUAGCAGGGUCAUCGUUCUGACUCAGAACUUGACCAAUGGACCGACGGGUUCAGUGUCAGUGACUGUAGCAGACAAGUCAGAACCACAGUUAGGGGAGAGUGAUCUUCCCCUGUUUAUGGUUGCCAGUUUUGAUGGUGGCAUUUCUUGGCAAAUGAAGGCAGCAUGGCGUAAAACAGUUGAGAAUCAUCCGUGUAUAUGCUGCGAUCUAGAUUCCUGUCCUACACACCUAAUAGCUGUAUCAUGUGAUCAGUGGCCAUAUCUUCCACAGAGGUUAAAGGGACAUUGGGAGUCGUGGACAAUAGACAGGAGUAGAUACACUCUUCAAUCUGUCUUUCCACAACUCAGCAUUAGCUUUGAUAACGGGUCUAUAGAAGACAGGGCCAGUAUUUUCCUAAUAUUGGAACCAACAGACUUCUUGCCGACAAUCCAUUUCUUGUCGUCAGAGACCUUUAUAAAACCAAUUACUGUGAGAUUCUCCUGCACAGUUAGUGAAAGAGACUCUCCACAAAACGUAUUUGUGCUAAUGCAAGACGGAGAUUUGAAAUGGUCAAGAAAAUGUACCAUCACUAUAGUACCAAAUCUUGGCGAGCUAAACAUUGAAGUUCAGAACAUUAAAAAGGGAGUAAGAAGGGCAAUAGCUGUUGUCCCAUCAGACCUGAACAGUUCCUCUAUGUCAGUGUAUGGAGUGAAACGUUACAACGGACUGGUCAACUAUUCCUCCCAUAGACUGGUCAGCGAGCUACUGAACUCAUCCCAUAUUGACAAUGACGUCUAAUUUACCAUACAGUCAACGUGCAACUCAAUUCUUCACAUAUAGAAAUUGACCUCAAAUUUAUCAUGCAAUGGAAGAACUCAUCCCACAUAGACAAUGACGUCUAAUUUAUCAAACAAACUAGUCAAGUUGCAAUUCAAUUCAAGCCAAUGGCCAACUGUAUAUAUUGGCUUUCGCCUUCUAACAAAAAUCUUGAAUUAUGGGAUUUUCGGCAUUGUUUUUUUUUGUUUGGUUUUUUUACAGAGGAAGAGAGAUUGUUUAUCGACAUUCAAACGAAAGAUUGAUUCCAAAUUAACAAAAUGAGAACAAGAAGUCCCUUGAAAAUGUAGAUAAGGAGAAUAAAACAAUACGCUCCAGAAGGGUAUGCGCGCCUUCUGCUACGACACCAACCAUACAUAUCAAGGUCCGAUCCGGGUUGUCAUAUUCUCAAAAUGGGAGCUAGCGUGAUGGCCUUGUUAUCAUGAUACUGAAAUACUGUAUUGGUAUCGACUUUAUAAUUGCAAGGAAUUUAGAAAUCGAUUAACUUAUUUAGUGAAUGUUUUAUUGUAGUGACAGACCUGAUAUGUUACUAAGGCUUCUUUAAAUAAUAUACUUGAAAAUAGAAAACACAAACUAUUAUUUAUUAGAAAAUGGAUUUUCCAACCCGAGAAAAAAAUAACCACUUAAAGUUUAAACUCAUGCCCUCCAAAAAUAAUUUACCAUACUCGUCUACAUUGUGUUUCAAUAUUUUCUUUGAACAUGUAUAUUUUAUAUGUCAAUGAUCGAGCGUAGUAAUGAUCCUUGAGUAAAAGUAAGAUAAUGGACAAAUACAUUACCAGAGCAGGACUAGUAAUUGACAUUAUACACCACGUUCGCCUUGGAAUCCCUCUCAAAAAGCAUGAUGUAAUCGUGUGUGAUAUGUGAAAUAAAGACAGAUAUAUUCCUGAUAUAAUACGGUGCUAUUCAUGGGACAUUGGUGAAACUACAUAGGUUUCAUCAACAUGAAGUUAACCUGUUAUUGAUCUCUAUUUACCCCUGGGAGAGAGGUUUUAUAACAAUACCAAUGUUGACAAUAUGUAUCAUGUUUUUAUUUUUCACUGAUUUUCCAUUUAUGUUUAUUUAUAGAAACUAAGCAUCAAAUCUUUUAUACCCACUCAUUAAAAUAUAUAUUUAUACACUGCUUAAUGUUACGGCUUAUUAAAUUCAUGUAUGAAUAAAAUUAUU